AUGCUUUUGAAAAAUCUCCUCUCCGCGAUUGGAGCCUUUGCCGCUUCGGUGGAUGCUACUAUUUACUAUGCGGGAGUAGCUGAGAGUGGUGGAGAGUUUGGAGUGUAUAGUGGAACCGGUACCGUGGGAACAGGAUUGCCGGGUGUAUUUGGACAGGAUUAUGCUUUCAUUAACAAGUCUGCCAUUGAUGUUUACGUGGAUAAGAAUAAGGUAAACUUAUUCCGAGUAGCAUUUCUACUCGAGCGAAUGUGUCCUCCAGCUACCGGCUUAGGUGCUACAUUCGACGAAACACAUUACGCCUACUACGCUGAUGCGAUUAACUACAUCACCAAAACCAAGUCUGCAUAUGCGAUCCUGGACCCUCACAACUAUAUGCGCUACAAUGAUCCUUCUUCUCAACCAUACUCCGGAUCUGUUAUCGGUAACACAACGGAUCCUAAAGCUGCAACCACUGCACAAUUUGCUGCUUUUUGGGGAGAAUUGGCGAAGAGAUUUAAGAGCAAUACGAAAGUUAUCUUUGGGUUGAUGAAUGAACCCCAUGACAUGCCUACAAGCUUGGUAGUCGCAAAUGAUCAAGCUGCGAUCACUGCGAUCCGUAAGGCCGGCGCAAAGAAUUUAAUCUUGGCACCAGGAAACUCGUGGACAGGAGGUCAUGCUUGGACCGAAGGCAGCGACCCAUCCAGUGCUUUGAUGCAAACGCUCCAGGAUCCUCUCAACAAUACCGCCAUCGACAUCCACGAGUAUCUCGAUGUUGAUUUCUCAGGUGGUCACUCUGUCUGUGCAUCUCCCGCUCCAGAACUUCUCGCCCCUCUGACCGCUUGGCUCAAAACCUACAAUCUCAAAGCCAUGAUCACUGAAUUUGGUGGUGCUAACGGUACAGAAUGCGCUCCAUACAUCAAGGGAAUUGUUGAUUACAUGGCGCAGAAUAAGGAGUACAUAGGAUGGACAGCUUGGGCCGCUGGACCUUUUUGGGGAACUUAUUCGCCAUGUUGUGCGGAUUCGCAACAGUGGGGAAGUUUGGAACCGGGAAGUCUUGCUUCAGAUGGAAGUCCUGGAUUGUAUACGACUGUUUGGUUGAAUGUUAUUCAACCAUUGUUGCCAAAGACGUUGCAGAAGUCGGGAGCGGCGACGGUGCAUUAA